AUGAAGGCCCAAAAUCUCCUCAAGUUGACCUCUCCAGGCCCAGCUCCUGCCUCCUGUCAGUGUCUACAGGCCCAACGUCUGCCUCAUGGGGGCUUCUCCAGGCCCAGCUCUUCCUCUGGGCUGAGUCUACAGGCACAACUGCUGCCUCACAACAGCCUUUUUUGGCCCAGUUCCUGUCCAGCUCACAGCGGCCAAUGUAGGCCCAAAACUUCCUCAAGUCAAACUCUCCAGGCCCGCCUUCUGCUUCCCGGUGGCAUGAACAGGCCCAGCUUUGACUUGAGAACAGCCUCUGCAGGCCCUGCUCUUGCCUCCCAGGGGCUUCUCCAGGCCCAGCUCUUGCCUCGUGGCGGCUGCCCCAGGCCAAGUUUCUGCCUGCCUGCCAGCAGCCUCAACAGGCACAGCUCCUCCCUCACAGUGGCCCAUUUAGGCCCAACUCAUGACUGUCAGGCCAUUUCCAGGCCUAGUGCCUGCCUCCUGGCUGACUCUUGAAGCCCAAAACUUCCUCAAAUCAGCCUUUUGCCCAACUUCUGUCUACUGUCGGACUCUACAGGCCAGCCUCUGCCUCACAGUGGACCCUCCAGACCCAGAUGGUGUCUCACUGUGGCAUCCUCAGGCGAAGCUCCUGCCUUUCGGCAGCCUCUACGGGCCCAGCUCCUGCCUUGCAAUGGCCUCUUUAGGCCAAGCUCGUGCCCCACGGCGACUUUUCCAGGCACAGCUUUUGCCUUUUGCAGCCUGUCCAGGCCCAGAAUGUCCUUAACUCGGCAUCUCCAGGAUGAGCUCAUCCUCCCAGUGCGUCUACAGGCCUGUCUCCUGCCUCACAACAACCUCCUUUGGCCCAACUCCUGCUGAGCUGCUUGGCAGCCUCUGUAGGUCACAGAGUUCUUAAAGCUUUCCAGGCCCACCUUCGGCCUCCCGGCAGCCUCAGCAAUCAAACUAUUCCCUCACUACGGCCACCGAAAUCCAAGUUUCUCCCUGCCUCAUGGCAUCCUCCGAAAACUGAGCAUUUGCCUCACGGUGGCCACCCCAGGCCACGAAUCUGCCUGCCUCCCAGGCAGCUGCUGCCUCACAAUGGUCUCUUUAGGCCCAGCUCUUGCUAAAAGACGGACUCUCCAGGCACAGCUCUUGCCUCCUGGCAGGCUCUGCAGGCCCAAAUUCUCCAAAAGUUGGCCUCUCCUAACUCAGCUCCUGCCUCAUGUCGGCCUACACAGGCCCAGACUCUUACCACAGAGUAGACCCUCCAGGCCCACCACUUGCCUGAGCAUAGCCUCCUAAGGCCAAGCUCCUGCCUUUUGGCAGCUUCUACAGGCCCAGCUUCUGCCUCGCAAUUGCCUUUGUAGGCCAAGAUCAUGCCGCGAAGUGGCCUUUCCUACCCUAACUUUUGCUUUUUGACGCAUACUCCAGUCCCAAAACUUCCUCCAGUCAGCCGGUCCAGGCCAAGUUCUUCCUCCCAAAGGCUUCUGCAGGCCAAAAUCGUCUGAAGUCACCCUCUGCAGGCCCAGCUCCUGCCUCCAAGUGCUGUGUAGGCCAAGCUAAUGCCUCACAGCACACUUUCCACACUGAGCGUUUCCUUUUGUGCAUCCUCUCCAAGCCCUGAACUUACUCCAGUUGGCCUCUCCAGACCAAGCUCUUCCUCCCAGUGGCCUCUACAGGCCAAAAUUGUCCUCAAGUCAGCCUCUCCAGGGCCAACUCCUAGCUACCGGUGGCUUCUGCAGGCCAAAAUUGACCUCAAGUCAGCCUCUUCACACCCAGCUCUUGUCUCUAAGUGGCCUCUCGAGGAGCAAAACUUCCUCAAGUCGGCCUCUCCAGGCCCAGCCUCCUGCUUCCAGAGGGCAUGUACAGGCCCAGCCUCUGCCUCACAGCAGACUCUCCACGCCCAGCUCUUCCCUGUCUGCUGCCUCUCCAGUCCAAAGCUGCUCCUGCCUUUCGGCAACUUGUACAGGCCCAGCUCCUCCCUCACGGUGGCCUCUUUUCGCCCAACUCAUGCCUCUUGCAACCUGCCCAAGUGUCAGCUCCUGCCUCACACUGGCCUGUUGAGGCUCAGCUCAUGCCUCUCGUGGCCUCAACGGGCCCAGCCCCUGCCUGUCGGCGGCCUCUACAGGCCCGGCCUCUACCUCACAGUGGGCUCUCCAGGCCCACCUCUUUCUCACCGUGGCCUCCUGGGGCAAUGCUACCCACUCUCGGGAGCCUCUGCGGGCCCAGCUCCUGCCUCCCAGUGGCCUCUAUAGGCCAAGCCCGUGCCUCAGGGCAGCCUAUCCAGGCCUAGCGUUUGCUGCUUUGCAUCCUCUCCAGGCUCUGGACUUCCUCCAGUCGGCCUCUCCAGGCCCAGCUCUCCUCCCGGCAGCCUCUGCAGGCCCAGACUGUCGUCAAGUCGGCCUGUCCAGGGCCAGCUCCUGCCAGCCGGCGCCCUCUGCAGGCCCAAGUCGUCCUCAAGUCGGCCUCCCCAGGCCCAGCUCCGGCCUCUCGGCCGCUCCGGGUGCAAAAGUUCCUUGAGUCAGCCUCUCCAGGCGCAGCUGCUCCUGCCUCCAAGUGGCCUCUUUCGGCCCAGCCCAGCUCAUGCCUCCCGGCCGCCUUCCCGGCCUCCUGCCUCCCGAAGGCCUGCACAGGCCCAGCCUCGGCCUCAGCGGACUCUCGAUGCCUAGCUGGCUCUUGCAUAACUGCAGCCUCCCGAGUCCAAAGCUCCUGCUUCUCGGCCGCUUCGGCAGGCCCAGCUCCCUCCUGCCAGUGGCCUCUUCAGGCCCAUGGGGCUUAUUCCUCACAACGGCCUUUCCAGGCCCAGUUUUUCCCUACCGGCGGCCUCUCCGGGCCCAGAACCUCCUCAAGUCGGCUUCUCCAGACCCACUUGCAGCCUCCCGGCGUCCUCUCCGGGCCCGGCUCUUCCUCCCGGCUGCGUCUCCAGGCCCGACUGCUGCCUGCCAACAACCUCUUUGGACUCGGCGCCUGCCCAUCUCCUGGCGGCCUUGGUCGGCCCACAGCUUCCUCAAGCCAAGCUCCCCAGUCCCAGGUCAGGCCUCACGGUGGCCUCUCCAGGAUCAGCUCCUGCCCUCCGAUGGUGUCUCCAGGCCCCAAAUGGUCUCCGGUCGGUGGGCUCCUCCACGCCCAGCUUGGGCCUCCCUGCGACCUCUGCAGGCCCAAGUCGUCCUGAAGUCGACGUCUCCCGGCCCUGCCUCCCAGCAAGUAAGCAAGCUCUUUUGGCUCAACUCCUGCCCAGCUCCCAGCCGCCUUUGUAGGCCCCGAACUUUCUGAAGCCAAGCUCUUCGCGCCCGCCUACUGCCUCUCGGUCGCCUGUACAGGCCUAGCUGUGGCUAUAGAACAGCCUCUGCAGGCCCCGCUCUUGCCUCCCAGGGGCCUCUCCAGGCCCAGCUCUCGCCCCCACGGCGGCCUCCUGGGGCCAAGUCCCUGCCUGCCUCCCCGCAGCCCGCGUGCGGCCCAGUUCCUCCCUCACGGUGGCCUGUUGAUGCCCAACUCAUGCCUCUGGCACCCUGCCCAGAGGCGGGAGUACCUGCCUCACACUGGCUCCUCCCACGCUGAGAGAGGUCGGCAUGAGCCCUUGCCUCACGCCGGCCCCUGCCACGCUGAGAGAGGUCGGCGUGAGCCCCUUGCCUCACACUGGCCCCUCCCACGCUGACCCCUUGGCUCACACCGGCC